AUGGACGUUGCCAUCAAGAAAGGGAAAGAUCACAAUGAUGGCGCUUGCACUCUACCCUCCAGCCAAUGGGAGAGUACUUGGUACGACAGUUUAUCUAGCAGCAUAGCUAUAACCUACUCAACAAAGAAUGUGGUUGGCUGGGACGUUCAAGCGUACAGUUCGUCCGUGACGUCAUGGACAUGCGUAUUGGACGAUACGUCGAAUAAUUACCUCGUUUUCAGAGGUGAUCAGAACGUGGACCUAUUUGGCGCCGGUCAGAAUGCUUACUUAUGUGUUAAGUGGCACAAAGUGACCGACUACUCCUACUCCUACUACUUUAUGUUCAAGGAGGAAUCAAAUGCCGGAUUUAUGAGGGUAUUUAUAGAGGACGCAAGCAUAGCACUAUCGUCCACCACGUCCAAGUACUGCACAUCCGGCCCAGGAGCCGAGGAGUACCACAUGAUGGUCAAAUCAGGUCAUGAAGCGACUGCCAGACAGUUCGUUCCUUUAGAUAUGAUGGGAACAUUCACCUACGCCUACACCAGCAGCAGUGGCGCCACCUCCUGCUCCUCAAACAGUCAAUGGGAUAUGUGUGCCAAUCGGACGAUGAUGGCAUUCGACUACACCAAGUGCGCCACUGUUGUGGCAUUUACACAGGAGGGAACGCUGAACAGUGUACACUACGUCACGAGCAGUGCUGUCUCCUAUGUGUCUGCCCUUAACCUCGGGACUGUUGACGAUAUUAGCUACUUCCGGUUUACCUGCUUUGCCGUUCAAAUGAAUGGUUCAAUUACUGAACUAAGCAUGGCUAGCGGAAGUUGCGCAAAAGGACAAACUCCAACUACAGCUCCCUCUGGUGGUGGAAUAGCAACGUUAACACCUGACGUGCUUUGUCGCCCGUGUGACCCUGACCCCUGUCAGAAUGGAGGCACGUGUACUUACUCAGGCGUGGUGUCCACGUGCGCAUGCCCAACAGGUUAUGGCGGUACGAACUGUGACCAAAUAGAUCCUUGCACUUUGACCUCCCCAUGCCAAAAUGGCGCCACAUGCAACAAUCCCUCAUCCAAUGUCUACACCUGUACGUGUCCAACCGGAUACAGUGGAUCAGACUGCGAAAAUACGUUACCAUGUGACCUUGGAACGCCUUGUCAGAACGGUGGAACAUGUCAACCAGUAGGGUUUAAUUACACCUGCGCAUGUGCAAGCGGAUACAGCGGAACCAAUUGUCAAUUGUCAGAUCCGUGUAUUCUGACGUCACCAUGUCAGAAUGGAGCCACGUGCGCCAAUCCCUCCUCCGGAAACUACAUGUGCACAUGCGUGAAUGGCUAUAGUGGAACAGACUGUGAAAAUAAACUACCCUGCAUCAUCGAUGUACCUUGUCAGAAUGGUGGUACCUGUCAGCCAUCUGGAUUUACUUACACAUGCGCAUGCGUGUCGGGAUACAGCGACACAAACUGUAGUUAUAAAGAUUCCUGUAUCGUCGACAUUCCUUGUCAGAACGGAGCGACUUGCGCAAACCCCUCUUCCGGUACAUACGCGUGUUCAUGUACUUCCGGUUACAGUGGUGGAGACUGUGAAAGUGAACUACCUUGUGUAUUGUCAAAUCCCUGUCAGAACGGAGGAACAUGCCAACCUUCCGGUUUGACGUAUUCUUGCGCAUGUGCAAAUGGAUACAGCGAUACCAAUUGCUCUUGGUCAGAUCCGUGCACCUUAGCUCCACCUUGCACAAACGGAGGCACGUGCAGUAACACGGCUAGUGGUGUGUACUCUUGUAGUUGUGCUGCUGGUUACUAUGGAAACGAAUGUCAAAAUACAGAUCCUUGUAUACUGACAAGUCCAUGUAAUAAUGGCGCAACCUGUUCUAACCCAUCGUCCGGAAGUUAUUCCUGCGCAUGCCCUACUGCAUACAGUGGAACUACAUGCGAAAACGAAGUCCCCUGUGUUCUUACCAAUCCCUGUGAGAAUGGCGGUAGCUGUCAGGCAGUCGGUUCAACGUACCAGUGCGCAUGUGCGACCGGAUAUAGCGGUGACAACUGCACCCACUCCAAUCCAUGCCAGAUCACCGCUCCCUGUCAAAAUGGCGCCUCCUGUAGUAAUCCGUCCUCCGGAUCUUUUAGCUGUUCCUGUGUGACUGGCUAUUAUGGAACAAACUGUGAAAACAAACGAGCGUGUAUAUUACCCGUAGUCUGGGACAAUAAGUGGUGGGACAGCCAGCAUGACAAUGACGUCACAUUCUCGUUCUCAAGUUCCCAAAUAUCUGGUUGGUCGGUGACUGUGACGUCAUCAACUAUCACCUCCUGGACGUGCGUCAUUGAGGACACCACGCAGGAUAUCUUCAUUUUCAAGAGCGACGUCAACGUGACGUUUUCCGGCACCACCUACAGCGCCUUCCUGUGUAUGAAGUGGACCAAAGUCACAGACUACUCCUAUUUCUACUACCUUUAUACAGAUAUCAAUUCUAAUGCAAAUAGUUUCCGUGUGUUCCUUGAGGAUUCGACUACCACAAUGGGUGACGUCACCACGUACUGCGCGGCAUCCUCACCUCCUAACAACGAAGAGUUUCAUAUGCUUGUGAAGCAAGGAUACGAAACUAACUCGAAACAAACGUGUACUACGCCAUUCCUCGGUACCUUUACCUACCAGUAUAACGACGGCAGCAGCACCUCAUGCGGAACCGGAAGUGAGUGGGACGUAUGCUCAGACACCUCUAUGAUGACCUUCAACUAUAGCAAAUGUUCUACCAACGUGGCCUUUACACAGGAGGGUCAGCUGUAUUGUGUGAAUUCACUGAUUUCCAGCUCCGUGUAUUACCAGUCUGCAAUCAACCUUGGCGCCGUAGACAAUGCCAAUUACUUCCGGUUCUCCUGUUUUGCGGUGACGUCACAAGGGUCAGACAUCCAGACGAGUGUCCAGCAUGGCAGUUGUGACCGGAGUCAAGUCCCGACCACAGUCCCUUCUGGGGGAGCCAAGGCUACACUCACAGCUACAGUAACGUGCACUGUAUCAACCGGAAGUUCGACCACUGGAAGUGAUACAAGUAUUGCCCUGGGCACUGUUGUUGGGGCCGCCAUUGGAGCCCUGUCCCUUCUUGUGCUGGUGGCUGUUGCUGCCUUCCUGGUGAAAAAGUUACAGGACCGGAAACGGAAUAAGCAAGUAGAUACCACGGACAACCUGGCACAAAAAUUACCAACUCCAAAAGCCCCAACAGCGACACACAACGUGUUUUUUGGCAAGUUGCCAAAGAAGACAUCAUUACCUCCCUUGUCAGGUAACAUCUCGUCCCUGCCCGCCCUACCUGGAAAUCUUCCGUCACUCACGCAAGCACUGCCCUCCUCAACAAUGAUGGCAGAGGUCACACCACAUGUUACGCCAAUGUCUACGUCACAAACACCGUCGACACCAGCCCUAAAUUCUCCAGUGACGACACCAUCCACGGCACAUCCCACAUCAAUUUCACCUGACGUCACUCGUCCUCAGCUGGUCACUGAAAUCACCUGCACUGAUAUUGCAUUCUCCGAUACUAACUGA